AUGCCUUUCUCUUCCCAGACGUCCCAGAAGAGCUGUGAGGAUGAGCCUGGAUUCUCAUCCUCUCUGAACUUCCUGGAGGAGGAGGACCCAGGGCCCCUGUCCCAGCAACUACCGGCCACCAGUUCAAGGGGCAGUGAGCCCCUCAGCAACCUUGACCUCUCCCGUGGGUCUCUGGUGAAUGUGGAGUACCUGCCCUUCUUCCGCACCUACGGGCAGCUCCUGGUGGAAGAGGUGGCCCUGCAGCCAGACGUUGGCAGGGACCAGGAAGGAGUCUGGAGUACCAGGGAGGCACCAUCCCAGGAGGACUCUGAGCCGCCUGGGGGGUUCUCCCCUUACUACCGCUCCAAGGAGGAGAGUUUCCUCAGCCUUUCCUGGGGCCGCUCCCAAGGCCCACCCACCAGGAGGGAGGCGCAGGCUGGCUGCUCCUGCAGGAGGACAGGCAGCAGCGGGAGCUCUGUGAGUGGGGAGGCCACGUGUGGAGGCCACAGGAGGGUGUGGGGGCAGCCCUGCGCCCCCUGGCAUCCUUCAGACCCCUGUCCCAGGGCCCCAGAGCCCUGGAGGCCGGUGCUGUGGAGGUGUCUUUCCCAGCAUGCGGGGCAGGCACCGGCCAGCCGCAGGUGUCUGGGCCGAACCUGGGGCCUGGCUGACAUCUCGUGUCCUCUGACCCAGGCUGCUUCAGAAGGCCCAGACCUCAUCUCCUGGGUCUUGCCCAACCGCUGCCCCGUCCUGAUGGUCUCAGCAGGGCACCCCUGUGACAGCGGCCUGGACGCCCCUCUCUCCAGCGAUGCUGCCAUCAGUGGCCAUGUGCCACAUGCCUCAGGAUUCGUGCCUUACUACCGAACCCCAGAGGAGGGCCUCCACACUAGCCCCGGGCCUCCUGCCUCUCCGUCGGGGGCCAGGAGCCCCCAGGGAGCUGCCCGGACCUGGUGCAGCCAUACUGUGAGGAGGCAGAAGGUGGCAGUAGCAAAAGCCAUCAGGGUACGGGCCCCCAGCACCCGCUGGUCACUGAGGGUGGAGGGGGCUGGGCUAAGGGUCCCAGAGCUCAGCUGGCCCUAGGACCAGAGCUGCAGGCCUUGAGCCCCCCACCGCAGUGCCCACAGCCUGCAGAGCCGGCAGGAGGUGCCCAGUCCCUGGCAGGCUGUCCGAGUCCCGCCCAGGACACUGAGCUGGCCUGGCGAGGAGACCCUGUGCACUGCUAGUGUGCGGCUCCACGCUGGUGUCCGGCUCAGCAGGCCUGGGGUUGGCCUUCCUCUUCAAGGAACAGAGGGGAGCAGCCCAGCCAUGCCCCCAGGAGGUGACCCCUCUGCCCUGGGCUGCUGGCUGGAAAACCUGCCCAAUGGGCCACGGAGAGCAGCAGCCCCCAAAGUGGCUCCGCAGAGGGGAUCCUGCCUGGUCAGGCACUCACACCUUCCCCCGUUCUUGCU